CGCCAUGGCACGACCAACUCCGACCCUUCUGCAUUUGCUCUUCCUCGGGAUCUUGAUCCUUUCCUCAGGAAACAUAUUAUCAGACUGUGCAAGAGUUUUCACGAUAACUAACGAUUGUGACGAGACAAUAUGGCCUGCCAUAACCCCCGGUGAGAGCUUUGGUGGUGGAGGAUACGCCCUAAAAUCCAAAGAAUCCAGAGUCCACACAGCACCCACCGGUUGGUCAGGUCGGAUAUGGGGUAGAACCAAGUGCAGUUUCGACAGCUCCGGCAAUGGAACAUGCCUUACCGGCCGAUGUGGCUCAUCACUCCAGUGCACUGCCUCCGGCGAGACCCCAUCUACGCUUGCUGAGCUCACCCUCACCCCACUGGAAUUUUACGACGUUAGUCUUGUUGACGGCUUUAACCUGCCAAUGUCUAUUAGGCCCGUUAAUGGUAAGGGAAACUGUAGCGUUGCUGGAUGCGUUGGCGACUUGCGCCAAAACUGCCCUUCGGAGCUUUCUGUUAAGGCUGGUGGUAAGGUUGUGGCUUGUCGAAGUGCUUGUGAUGUGUUUAACACUGAUGAGUAUUGUUGUCGGGGUAUUUAUGGGAACUCUGCCACGUGCAAACCAACGUAUUACUCGAAGAAAUUUAAGAAUGCUUGUCCUACUUCGUAUAGUUAUGCGUACGACGAUCCAUCAAGUAUUUUCACUUGUACAGGAGCCGAUUACAUUAUCACGUUUUGCGCAUCGAAGAACCGGCCUCAAUGCACAUAUCACGACAAUAAGUUGACUUGCAGCGGAUCUGGGAAGGGUUUCUUUCAGAAUUGGAUAUUGAGUACGAUGAUGGCUUUGAUAGUCGGUUGUUUGUCGGUGAUGCUAUAAUAAGUCGGGAUUUUAUGUUGUUUUUAUCGGUUGUCCUUUUUUCCACAGAAGUUUAAAACUUGUGUCUUCUUUUUUCAUCCUAAUUAAUGUUGAAAUUAUUUGUUUAAUA